AUGGCUCUGCACUGCAGCAGUUGGCUGUACAAUGAAGGCUCCAAGCACCUCUUACUGGUAGGAUUCAUCUUUACCUAAAACUGUAUAAUAUAUACUCAUUCCCAAGUCUUAAGGGCACUUUAACCCUUUCCUUGCCCGGGGUCUGCACGGUACUCCACUUAUUAACCCUUCCUUUUGCCAAUGGUCUGUUCACUUUCAAUACUCCAGCCAUUAACCCUUCCAUUGCCAAGGGGCUGCACAUUACACUAACUAUUAACCCUUCCUUUUGCCAAUGGUCUGUGCACUUUCAAAACACUAGCCAUUAACUCUUCCAUUGCCAAGGGGCCGCACAGUACACUAAUUAUUAACCCUUUCUUCUCCAAUGGGCUGUUGACUUUCAAUACACUAGCCAUUAACCCUUCCAUUGUCAAGGGGCUGUACUGUACACUAUUUAUUAACUCUUCCUUUCCCAAUGGGCUGUUCACUUUCAAUACACUAGCCAUUAACCCUUCCAUUGCCAAGUGGCUGCAGAGUACACUAAUUAUUAACCCUUCCUUCUCUAAUGGGCUUUUCACUUUCAAAGCACUAGCCAUUAACCCUUCCCUUGCCAGCAGGCUGCACAGUACACUAAUCAUUACCCUUCCUUCACCAAUGGGCUGUUCACUUUCAAAGCACUAGCCAUUAACCCUUUCCUUGCCACGGGGCUGCACUUUACACUAAUUAUUAACCAUUCCAUCGCCAAUGGGCUGUUCGCUUUCAAUACACAAGCUAUCAACCGUUUCCCUGCCAGGAAGCUGCACGAUACACUGCUUAUUAACUCUUCCUUCUCCAAUGUGCUGUUCGCUUUCAGUGCACUGGCAAUUAACCCUUCCCCUGCCAGGAAGUUGCACAGUAUUCUUCUUAUUAACCCUUCCUUCUCCAAUGGGCUGUUCACUUUCAAUAUUAAAGCUAUUAACCAUUUCCUUGCCAGGAUGCUGCACUGUACACUCAUUAUUAACCCUUCCUUCUCCAAUGGGCUGUUGACUUUCAAUACACUAUCCAUUAACCCUUUCCAUGACAGGAGGCUGCACAGUACAUUAAUUAUUAACCUUUCCUUUGCCAAUGGGCUGUUCACUUUCAAAGUACUAGCCAUGAACCCUUCCCUUGCCAUGGGGCUGCACCGUACGCUAUUCAUUAACCCUUCCCUUGCCAGUGGGAGUGGGAUGUACAAUAUACUAAUAGUUAACCCUUCACUUGUCAGGGAACUAUACAAUUGUCUCAGCAGGGCUGUAGCAACUUUUUUUUAGCAAUGAUAAAUUAAGCUUGUCAUGCAGUGAUUUGUGAACUGAGCUUAAGCUAUACACCUGUUUAACUUUAGUGCUUUUUUAAACUUUCUUUUAUUCAUUAUUGUAUUAAUAUUGUAUCAUUGUGAACCUGGAAUCUGAGAAGGUACAUGUGGAAAACUGUUAUUUAUAUUUAAUUGACAUAUUUGUACAGUAUUUUCACUCCAGACAUAAAAUGUUUAUCAUUAUAGAUAUGGCUUCUAUUACUGUAACUCUCUAGACACAAUAUAAAUCAUUGUCUAGAAGGAGAUAUCUCCAAUGCUUUACAGCUGCUGGAGUCGUAUCUCUGUGUCACAGGUAAGCUAAGGGUAUUUACUAAAUAGUAACUUGGGGGAACUGACAGCUGAAUGUAGGCCAAGAUAGGGAAAAAAAAACAGACAUUUUUCUAAUUUGUCUAUUUUAAUCUAAAUAUUGUAUUAUAAGUUCACAACAAGGAACACUUUAGUUAAAAUACACCAAAUUAUACGGAAAUUGUAAUUUCAAUGCUAUUGUACAAUGUAUAGACACUAUAUUAAGACCAUGCAGUGAUUUGACUGAUUAGUGAUGCUUUAGAGCUCUGUUAUACCAUACAUAGUCUGAGAGCUUUGUAACUGCACUUACCUUCAUCAAACCCCCAACAGUCCCUAUUUAGGAGGGACAGUCUCUAUUUUGGACCAAAAUCCCUCUGCCCCUCUUUUCUAGGAACUCCAAAUUGUUGGUGUGUCUGAGUAUAACAGAGCUCCACAUCAAUAACACUCAUGGUAAUGUGUCUUUAAACUACAAUAAAUGUGCUUAGAAAUCAGUCUGUUUAAAUAAGAUACAUUGUUCUUGUUCUGAAUUACAUUUUAGUUUUAUAAAUUGUAUAUGCAUUUACAAUUUAUACAAAUAUGUAUAUAUUUGCUUGAGACCUGAGGAAGAGAGGAAAACUUUCGAAAGCUUGCCUUUGAAAUAUUAUAUUAGUAGAAUGCGGAAUGCAAUGAUACCUUUUUUUAUUGGACAGUAGUUUCUCGCCUGUGGCUAUGGCUGAGUGUUAUGGGAGUUGAAGUCCCAAAGCAGGCAGUAUGCUGCAGGUUUAUAAGACCUAUAAAGGAGUGGCAUUGUCAAGUCAGUUGUAAUAGUGAUAAAGUCACAUAUAUCCCAAGUGGAUAAUAUCUGGAUAUGGCAUAUAUCUGAUGGUAGAUGUAGAGUAAGAUAGUGAAAUAUGGUUUUAGCAUAUAAAAUCAGGUAUGCAUUAAGAUCUUCUGUAAGUUACAGAUAGUGAUGGGAAUGUGACCAAAGGAUAUGUAGAAGUCAUUAUAUAAAAGAAAGUUCCACUCACAGGAUACCCAAUAGUACUGUAGCAACAACAGGUACCAAACGUGAGGACAAACGUCCAGCCUAGUUGGAAUAAAAGAUCAUAGCUUUAUUUCAUUCAAAUCCAGUAGACAGCAGAAGGAAAGAUGCUUACGGAACCUGUGCCAGAUUUCUUUCCUCUCUUGGUCACUUCUCACUUAAUCUGUGACUAAAAUUAACAUUUAGUGAUUGUCCUACUCAUCAAUAAUCUUUUUUUCCCAUCAAUCAUCUCUUUAUUUGGCAGAAUUCCUAAUCAUGACUCCAAACCUAACAUGUUCACCAUUGUGUGGCUCGGUUAAUCUAUGUUCAGUUAUAUUUCAUAUAUAUAUAUAUUGGGAAUUCGGCCGUUCACCUAAUUGGCCCAAAUUAGACUGAAUUGCAGUUCGGCCCGAAAUGAAUCCCCAUUAUCCCACAUUAUAUAUGCUGCUCUAGGAAAGUGUGGUGGUGUCUGUCUAGAACAACACAUGACUUACUAUUGUAUAUGCUGUCCCAUAUGUCUUACAGAAAUCUAAAAUCUCAGAUUAUACACCUUUUUAAUUUUUUUCUUUUCCCCUUAGUUAUCCUGGCUUGCUAUCAACACAUGGCUGUUUUACAAGACAUUCAUAUUGUACUAUAGAGGUCCACAGUACUAUUACUUACACCAAAUGCUGGGGGUAAGUGCUCAUUGGGUUAACUGUUCGGGAGAGAUUCAGAGACAAGGCUGUAGGCAACAUAGGACAUAAAUGAAAUAAUUAAUUGUGACUCCGUUCUACUCUAUGUAUAGAUACUAUAAGAAAAAAAAAGGAAAAAUUUGCCAGGACAUGAAGAGUUAAUAUGGUUAUUUAUUUUAUUUUUCCUGUUUGUUUUUUUUGUCUGUUUUGUCUUUUUAUCUUUAUAUGGCUUAGGGGACCUUUAUGGUUACCAGCAACCAAUGGCUUUGUGAUAAAUCUGUGUAAUCCACACUAGCGGUGGACACCAAAUGUGGACAUGGUAGUCCAGACCAAGGACAGUGAUCCCAAAUUGUCUACCCUCCUUUCUGUGGUAAUUUGUCCCUCAGUAGGAGUAACAUUUCUCCACAUGUAACAGAUGUUUAUAUGAGAGUGAUCAAUGUUCCAUCAAUGCUCAGCACGGUCUUGUUCUCUAUUGUUAUAAUGGAAAAGCUGACAAGCUGUGAACAAAGGCUGCAGUUUGCUUAGUUUGUUCUUCUGGCUGGGUUUGAAUGAAGUGACAGAUUGCGGGUUCCCACCUCCUUUCUAUAGCCGCAUGAUCCUCAAAGCCCUCUGCACUGGAAUGUAGAAGCAGGAAGGAGGGAGGUGCACACAAUUAGCCUACAAGCAGGUUGAAAAGAUUAUGUAAGAAAUAUAUUAAUUUAUCUUGAAAUCUUUGUUUAUGCUGUAUAUUCUGUAUUUUUAAAACAGUUUGCCUUGAAAUUCCUUUAACGGAACACUCCAAGUACCAUAACCACAACAUCAGACUGUAUUCUAAUGGUUUGACUUACUACGUGGGGUCUACCCUGCCUCUUCACAGCCAGAGGUUCUUUUCACUAAGCUAAGACUGGCAGUGCAGGGCUUAGCUCAUUGGCUUAGAGCGAUCAGCUGACUGCAUGGCUUAUAACUCUAACUUCCCGAAUUGAGGCAGGGAACAGCGUCAGGUGGAGGACGUCAAAACAUUACAAAAUACUUAUAAAAAACAGAUGUUGUUUAUCAGAUGUGAAUUUUAGCACAUCUCGUUUUCCCCUUUCUUUCCUUCUAUACACCUUUCCCUAGUUUAUUUUCCCCCAGAAUUUUUACUUUGCUAUAGUUUGAAAAAUGUUCAAUUAAAAUUCUUUGAAAAGGAUUGUAUCAUAUUAGGAGAGCAAACACUUCUUGUUAGGCCGCAGUAGGAGCGUUAUAUGUAGGUGGACAUUAAUGUUAGUACAUGGUGAUCUCGGAGUGGAAAUGUAUAUCAGUGAUAUUAGAGAUUAAAAAUACAUUAGUAAAGAUCAGGCGACCGUUAUCUCCAGCUUAAUGAACAGGAGGUCCAAUGCAUAAGAGCCAAUAAGGAACUCAUAAAGAGGAGUUACAUAUAAAGAGGUUUCUCCAAACUGUACAAGUCAGGAUUCUGGACUUCCCACACAAGAGGAAUGGUGUGAGUGAAAGCCCACAGUGCGGAUUUUUAAAUUGUGAAAUUGGAAAAUACAGAUGUUUAAAAAACUUUGUAGAGUAACGCUUCUUAUUAAGUUACUAUUUUGAUAAAAAAAAUUGUAGUUAUUUACAUUUUUCUAAUUGGGAAUAAAUGCCAUUACCUUUUAAAGGAACAUUCCUAGUACCUUAACCAAUUCUGCAAAUACCAAUAGGGGAGUAAACGUACUUCUACAUGGAUGCAAAUGCUUACAUUUGCUGCCAAAUUAAAAUCAAGAGCAAUGAUAUAAAAUCAUAUUUAAGACUCAUACCUUCUGCAUAUGGUUGUCCAUAGCAGUGCUACUCAACCCUCUCCUCAAGGCACUCCUAACAGUCCAGGAUUUAGGGAUUACCUGGGUGUGUCUAAGGUGUUCCCUUAAAUCAUGGACUGUUAGGUGUGCCUUGAGGAAAGGGUUGAGGAGCACUGGUCCAUAGCAUUGAGAUGGCCUUGCAUCACAAGAAAACACAGUCUUCAGCAUUUAUUAGCUGAAAAUUGCUGUUCACCCAAGAUAAUGGGAGGAACACUAAGGCACCAGCCUGGUCAACAGACUACACACCAGUCUUUCAUUUUACAUGACCCAACCACAUGAGACAGCUCGUGUUCAGAGUGAGAGGAACGAUGCAGUUCCACCAUACAUGCAGGUAGUCUGUCGAGAUCAGCUAUUUAACAGAUGACCAGUUAUUGAGAUUGUACAUGGGACCUCUCUAUGAAAAGGUCAAUUGUACAAUAAGAUUGUUUUAUUGGAGACAGGUUUGUUCAAGUUUAAAUCACUAAAGUACUUCAUCCUACAAAAAUAUGCUUAUACUAUCAAAACCAUAAACACCAAUGGCUUAUUUACUAAAAGUGAAAUGUAGUAAAUGGAAAUCUGACUGACAAAAUGUAGGUAUAAAUAAUUGAUUUGGAAAAAUUCUCCAGAUUAGCUUUUGCCAUUCAUAUUUCAAUUACAUAACUAAUUAUAUAAUUAUAACCUAAUGUAUAUACAGUAUAUAUCACAGUGUGCAUAUGACAUUUAAAGUGACAAUUGCAUGAUUUUGCUAUUACAUGACGAAAAGUCAUGAUUUUAUUAAAGACACGGAGGCUCAUAUUGCAUAUCCCUUUCUUUACUGUCCACCAAAAGCAGCAAAGAAUACAAACAGAAUGAAAAAAUAAUGAACAUACAGUAAUAUAGGCCACUCCCCGCUCAGGUCCCAGCAUAAUAGGCAGCACUUCCCUUCCAUUUCCCUCUUUCUGAAGAUGCGACCCUACAAAAAAACGUCAAUAACCAAGAACAGAGAUAAUGUCCAAUGAGGAGACAACGUAGAACUGUUCGCCAAGAAGAGGAUAACACUUCAACAACAGGGAAGCACAACUGGAUAAUCACAGGACCAAACUCUAUCAGCGGGGGGAGUCCACACAAGCUGAAGUAUGGCAUUCCACCUCGUCGGAUCAGGCUGUGAAAACAUAAAGGAAUAGGAGCCCACAGGUUAAAGUCAAUACUUGCAACCAAUUUCAAGGCCAGACUAAGCAAACCACACAUAUCUACAGUCCCACAAUUCAGAGUGAUUAAACAAGUCAAGGUACAUAAUCAACCCCAUUACGACACGGCCCCACUUACCAUACCAAACCAUUCAAUGUAACUUGACCAAUCGGCCGUCCUCAUGAGAUCCUCCAGAAGCGCACUUGCAGUCAUCAUCGAAGAGGCCGAGGCCCCCCGGACCGAAUGGGCACCAAAGACGGUGGUAUUAAUGCCCGCCUGAGACAAUAACCACUUCACCCAGCGUGACAAUGUGGUGCUAGAUACCAGGUGGAAAAGAGGACGAAAGGAUAGAAACAGCUAUGGAGAAACAGCGGUACGGUGGAGUUUGAUGCGAUCUUCAUAUUCGCGAAGGCAAGCCACUGGACACAAUGCCGGAGAGGUAGGGAAACUCUGGUAGGACACAGACUCGAUAGACGUCUUAGUUCGUCGACUGAUGUUGAACGUUACCCCAUCUGGGGUGUAUGUCCUGGCGUCAAAGUCCAGAGCUCUGAUGUCCGAGACCCUCUUGCAUGAGACAAGGCAGAGCAGGCAAAAUAACUUGGCUGAUAAUUGUUUUAAGGAGAGUGCGGAGUUAGCGGGCCAGGAUGAGAGAAAAGACAAUACAACAGAGACAUCCCAGGUCGUGGAGUAGCGAGGCCUGGGUGGUCGGAAGAAUCGAGAGCCCUUGAGGAGUCGGCACAUGAAGGGGUGUUGCCCCGCAGAACAUCCGUCAAAUCCUUGAUGAGUCGAAGAGAUGGCAGACCGGUAGAGGUUGAUAGUCCGGUAAGCCUUCCCCGCUUUGAAGAGGGAAGUCAGAAAUUGCAGGACCAUGGCUACAGGAGCUGAAAUGGGAUCCGCGUCCCUAGCCAGGCACCAGCCAGCCCAAGCUCGCCAAGCUGACCCAUAUGCCCGUCUAGUGCCGGGAGCCCACGCUUCUGCCAACAGUCAUCUAGUCGUUUCCAAAACUCUCUGGAUCUCCCAGGGUCCCCGAAGAUCCGCCACGCCAGGAGCGGAAGGGAGCCUUCCAACAGGAGGGGGUGACAUCGUCCCAUCGGGUCCAGCAGCAGUUUGUGAAACGACAGCAGUAGUCAGGGAUAGUCCAUUGUCAUCUCGAGCAUUUGAGGGAACCAUGACUGCAUCUCCCAGAAGUGGAGACCAACUUGGCCCGGUGUCUGCGGGAUUGCAGGAGUGAGCACGGGAUCAUGGAGAAUGGAGGGAAAGCAUACAGUCUUGCAGAAAGGCGUCUACUGCCUCCACUGUCGGAUCCGGCCUCCAGCUGAAGAAACAUGACAGUUGGGUGUUGAGCUGGGAUGCGAAGAGGUCGAUGGUAAAGGGACCCCAGAGAGAUGAUAUACUGUAGAACACAUCCGUGUCCAAUCUCCAGUCGCUGGUGUCCAAAAGAUAUUGUGACCCCCAGUCCGCUUGAACGUUGUGCAGGCCAGGUAAGUAUUCCGCGUAAACCAUCAGGUUCUGUUCCAGGCAAAACUCCCAAAAGUCUUUUGCCAAUCUGGCCAACACCGCAGACUGUGUACCGCCUAGGGGGUUGACAUAUCUCACUGCUGAGACAUUGUCCAUGCGGAGGCGGAUACAUGCCAGGGCCCGGUCCCUUGCAAAACUGCGGAUGGUGAAGGAGCCUGCCAGGAGCUGCAGCGCGUUGAUGUGUAGCCGGGAUUCGGAUUCCGACCAGCGGCCUCCUGUCGAAACCCCCUCGCAAUGGGCCCCCAAGCCAUGGAGGCUCGCAUCGAAGUUGAUGGUGAAUUCUGUCAGCGAGCCGAAGAUCGCUUUGCCGUUCCACGCGGACAGGUUGAGGAUCCACCAUCGUAAUUCGUCCUUCGUUUCGCUGUCCAGGGACACCAGAUCCGCGUAGGAUGCACAGGCCCGUAGGUGCGCUAUUUUCAGGCGCUGUAGCGCUCGGUAGUGGAGCGGGCCCAGAAAUACUGCCUGUAUAGAUGAGGCCAGUAGGCCGAUGAGCCGUGCAAGUUGUCGCAAGGUGAGCUGGGGCCAGAUGAGGGCUCUGCGAAGCUCUUUGCGGAUGGAUCGAAUCUUGGUCAUCGGCAGACUCAGCGUCGCCUCCCCCGAGUCCACGAAAGAACCCUAGGAAUUCUAUGCGAGUGGCGGGGGUCAGGCACGACUUUUCCCAGUUGAUAAUGAAUCCCAAGCGAGAAAGGAGGUUUAUGGCCAACCGUAGGUGUGUAAGGAGAGUGGAGCGCUCCUGAGCCAUGAGAAGGAUGUCGUCUAGGUAUAUGAUUAGACGAACCCCCCGAAUGCGCAACCAGGCCAUCGCAGGUUGUAGCAGUUUCGUGAAGCACCACGGUGCUGAGGAGAGGCCAAAGGACAGGCAGGUAAAUCGCCAAAUCUUGUGCCUCCAGUGGAAGCGCAGGAGGUGUCAGGAUAUCACCGCAAUCGGUACAGUCAGGUACGCAUCUUUGAGAUCUAGUUUUGCUAGCCAGUCUCCGUGUAGGAGAAGAUCUCGUAGCAGGUGAAUACCCUCCAUCUUGAAAUGACGGUACUGAACCAUGGCAUUGAGGAGGUGCAGAUUUAUGACGGGCCUCAUAUGACCGCCCUUCUUUUCCACCAGGAAAUUGUUGCUUAUGACACCUGCGGGGUUGAGAGGUGCCCGUUCUAUAGCCCCUUUGACAAGGAGGGUGGAGAGUUCUUCGUCGAUCAAUCUGUGAUCCUGGAGUGAGAAGCAGAUCAGUCGAGGAGGGGGAAUGUGUACAAGAUGCCCCACUAGUUCUAUCUGGAAACACCGAACAGUGGUCAGCACCCAAGAGUCUGAGGUAAUUAGUGACCAAGCUGGGAAAAAAUGUUGGAGUCUGCCCCCUACACAAACAUGAGAAGAAAUACGAGGUAUGAGGGAACUCACCGUAAGGUCGUCUGGAACUGGAGUUGCCCCGGAAACCUCUGGAUCGCCACUGGCGUCCGCGUGACGGGAAGAAAGUAGGACGGGUAUUAGUGUCCUGGUAGUUAGCACGUUGCUGGAAGGAGCCUCGUCCCGUGCCACGGGAUUGGAAGUAGGUACGGCCGGACAGAUGGCUCCUGAAUCUGCCGGCCCUGGUGGAGACCUGCCCCUGGAAUACCCGUCUCAUGGAGGCCUGGGCCUUGUCAAGGGCUGUAAAUGCCCCAACGAAACGCCCUAAGUCUUUAAUAAAGGAAUCGCCGAAGAGUAAGCCUUGGGCGUCCUUACCAGCUUCUGUGAGGGCAAGAUUCGCCAGCUUUGGUUCAAUUUUAAAUAAGAUGGAUUUACGCCGUUCUAUAGAGAGGGAGGUAUUAAUGCUCCCAGCAAUACAAAUUGCUCUCUGGACCCAGCCACGUAGGUGUUCCGCCAAGUCAAACAAAAAAUAUCCAGGUGUUUAUGGCACAUUUCCAUAGCCGCGCCCGUUCUGCCUUGCGUGGAAAGGCUCUUUUGCGUGGGGGUGACCGUAGGUUCGCCAGUCAUAGAGUUUAUGGAGGCAGAGGGAUGUUUGGACUUAUGGGUAGCCUUUCUGGGUACCUCUCCCGGCGGGUCCACAGCAGGACUCAAUAGUGACGUCAUGGAGCCCGAGAAAUGCUCGUCUGAAAGACGUGGCAAUAGGGCUUGAGAAAUAGUAUGGGAGAGGGUAGAUGACAUGGACCCCAUGGCUGCCAUAAUGGCGUCUGUCACUGAGCGCUGUAGCGCUAAGAAUUGUGCCCAUUCAGGGUGGGUGGUUCUGUCUACCAUGUUGGGUGGAGUGCCCGAGGUGACAGGGGGCUCACCCAAAUUAUAUGGGGUAUCAGUCUCCCCAGAGGGUGGGGAUCCAGAAGGUAGUCUGGGUUUAGGCAUAAUGGAGAAUAAACAGGACCUAAUCCCUAAUUAGAUAUAAGAAUAGUAUGGGUUAGUCACCCAAAACUGAAAGCAAUAGGUACAAGAGCGAUCUCACAAGGGCCCAGACCAGUGGCACACGCACAUACAAGGUAGGGAGGAAGACAGAAAGUCAGAAAAUGGCCGCCGACAAUCUCGCGAGAUUCGCGGCAAAAUAUAGUGAAAAUUCGCUAAGUUAAAGAACCGAACGUUCGGUAGAAAAGAAACAAAUUCGUAGAAAUAGAUAGACUAAUAUAAGGAAGAGUGAAAAAAACAGACGAACGAGCAGUUCGUGCAAAAAUAAUUUGAACGCUGCAAACAGGCGAAUGGUGCUGUUUGCCGGGAAAAAGUGAACAGCAUGUGUUCGUGACGAAUCAGCCGAAAGGGCUUAAUUCGUGCACGGAAAACAGCCGAGCACAGCGGAGAACGGGCACAAAAGGAAACAGCAAGAUGGAGAUAAGGAAAAACACAAGGGAAGGCACAAGGAAAAGUCACAAGGACAGGGUCAAUUGAAAAGGGGUAAUAAACAAAAUAUAUAACAGGGGAGGUCUGGACCCUGGGUACACAGAAAAAACAUCAUCAAACAAGCAGAGAAAAACAAAUAAUAAAAAAUAUCUAAUAAAUAAAAUAGAAGACAAUAAAAGAAUCAAUAACAGAUAAAGCUAUACAGUGUAAUGCACGGAUAUCAAUAAUAAUAUCAAUAGCAGGUAAUAAACAAGUAAUCAGAGAGAAGAUGUGACAUGUACUUAUCUUUGUAUCGGAGCAGCAAAGAAAGAGGGAAAUGGAAGGGAAGUGCUGCCUAUUAUACUGGGACCUGAGCGGGGAGGGGCCUAUGUUACUGUAUGUUCAUUAUUUUUUCAUUCUGUUUGUAUUCUUUGCUGCUAUUGGUGGACAGUAAAGAAAGGGAUAUGCAAUAUGAGCCUACAUGUCUUGUUAUAAAAUUCUAUUUCAUCAAAAAGUGGAUCAGGCAACAUUUCAGGACCUUAUGGUAUUUGUGAAUAUUUUUUUUCAUUUUGUCUUUCUUUUCUCUAUCUAAUAUAGCAUUCUCUAAUGUGUAUAUCGAACUGCAAAUAGCUGACUCACAGCUCGGGCUUCCCAAAAAGCUUAACCAUAUAUGUCUCUAAGCCUGUAGCGUCUCUAGGAUUCAUAUUUAUAGAGGGCACAUGAGGGGCCAGGCACCAAAGUAGGGGCACAGUUAUAAAACGUGUAUAUAUAUGUGUGUGUAUAUAUGCCCUUUGCUAAGCUGUGCAGGAAACAUUGAAGCCGGCCGCCCAAGGGAGUGAUCAAGCUCACUUACAAGCAUACAAGCUCAAUACAGACAAGCUCACUGAUACACACAUAAACUCACUACAGACAAGCCCACUGACACACACAAGCUCACUACAGACAAGCUCACUGGCACACAUGCUCACUACAGACAAGCUCACUAACACAUGCUCACUACAGACAAGCUCACUAAGUAUAUCCCUCGGUAAAAUCUUGUUGUUUGCUUGAAUUUCUGUGCAUUUUAUUUUUUGGGGAUGUUAAAUUUAGAAAACUUUCCCAAUACAUAUUAUGAUUAUUAUUAUUAUUAUUAUUAUUGUAAUAAUAAUAAUAAAUAAAUUAAGCAUAAUCCAUCAACACAUAAUACCUUGUUAUAUAGGACACACGAUAUCUUUUCAAAUAGUUUUUAUUGAUACAUUUUUAUAAUAUAUGAUAUAGAAACAUGGAAUUUAAUGGCAAAUGUUUAUUCAAUGUAUUUGAUUUGUUACAGCAAUUCAGCUAUUGCAACUGUACAGAAUAACAAGAAUAUAAUGCAUAAAGAGAGACAAAAUAGCUUACACAGGUCAUAAUCGAGUAUCUAUUGUACGUUAUUAUGCUUUUAUUCAUGCAGUAGUAAUCCAUAAUGAAAAAUAAAUAAAACCAAAAUUAAUUUAAUUAGCAACAUGACACCAAACAUAGCACAAAUCUAAUCAUAGUGUAGUGUAGAGCUUCAAAAUAACCUUUUCUGAUAAAGUGCUUAGUGCGACCAGUGUAUUAAUCAGCAAUAAUGUGCAAAACCCAACAAUUUAAAUACAUACAAAAAUAUUCUUCCUGUGACAAGUGUUUGCUCUAUUCACAAUCCUUCAGAAAGUGUCCACAAGUCAUUCUUUGAAGUGCAAAGACACAACAAACUUUUAUAAAAGUCACAGCAAACUUUUCAACUUCACCUCGAAAAGUGAUAUAAAUUGUGAAUAUAAAGUAUUAAUGUUGUAUUAAUGUCUAGCAGCAAAUAGAUUUCCACAAUAAUUCAAACCUCAAAGACUAAAAUAUAAUAUAUAAUAGUACAGGCUGUAUAAUAUGUAUUCACAUUAAAAAACCAGGCUGUAUAAUAUGUAUUCACAUUAUAAAACCAAAAGGUACCCACAUGUGUGGAGACAACACCACAAUACUAAUAUAUAUUUAUAAAUGACUAAGCAAGGAAUUAUAGGGUUAAAAAGAAGGGUAAGAUCAAAGGAAGACACUUACAAUGUCAAGAAGAAGCCAUUGAGGAAGUGGUGUGGUUAAGGUACAUAUUGAUCUAAGAAAGAUACACCUGGGGCUUAGUUACAGUGUUAACAUAGUACAUUUUAUUAAGUACUUUGGAGAAUUUGCUUCCGGCCUCUCCAGCUUCCAGCUAUGCACAGACGAGCAGACAUGAAAAUGCAUUUGGCCAUUUUCAAGGAGGCUUCGUAUUACUUGGUGGAGUUGUCUAGUCGUGCUAAGAAAUGAAGAUUGGUCGGAGAGAACAGAGAAUAUGUUUCUGCAUUACCUUGAAAUUGAAUUACCUUGGGGCACUGUCACCACCUAUAACAAUAGGUUUCUGGGCUUUCAAAUCCAUAUGAGCACAUGUCUUGGUAUGGAAGAAUAUAGUCUUGUUUGAUCUAAGCAACAUCACACUGUUUGUUGUCUCUUCUACUCAUUUUUGCAUUAAAUUGUGUUUGAUUCGUAAUCGUGUAUAUCGAUCAGGGCAAUCUUUCUCCAGCACUUCAAUUUCUAUCUCAAGCUUAGAUAGAGUCAGUACAGUAGGACAUAAAAAUCCUUAAUCUAUUUUAUAUUAAAAUGUGUGUAUUGAAUGUCCUGUUAGUAAACCUCUUGGCUUUGUUUCUUUUUUUUUUUCUACUACAUUUGUUUGCAUUUUGACUUCAUUUUCAUUUAUAAAUCCAAGGGUCUUUUGUUUCUUCCAAACCAGGAUGUGAACGUGGAUUUUAACAAGGGCGACUGGCGUGACUCAGGAUUUUAUUUACUAGUUCAUUAAAUUCUAUACCAGAUGUUAGGAAGUUGAAUUUAAACUGACAACGUCAAAAACAAUUAACCUUUUGAGAGCAGAUAAUUGAGAAACACAUGUUUUAGCUGGAUAGUGGCCACCUAAUCUAGUCCUGAAUCGUCUACUCGAUUCUCAAAGGAACAAGGAAUACAAUAUACAAAACAUCAACUAUGUUAGCUCUGCAGAUCUGUGAUAUAUCAGAUAUUAAAUAACUUAUAUAGUAUAGACCCUGUUUAUAUCUUUAUUUACUUUUUUUUGUUUAAUUUCUGUAUGGUUAACAAUCUAGCAUUAUUUUUGACAGAUUUAUAUUGCAAAAUAAAUGUAUACAGAUAUGUCUGAUAUCUUAAUAUAUUUUAUGAAUGCUCUUAUUGAAACUUGGACAAAUUGCACUAAUUUCACUGAGUUGAGUAAACAUUACUUACAUAUGUGUUGGACCAUGUAAAGUAAUGUAGGAAUCUAUCUUGUUUAAUGUUUGUUGUCUGAUUUCACAAAAAUAAUCUUAAUUAAUUGUUUUUGUAAUUAACCCCAGCUGCCAUGAUGAAAAUAAAACAAAAAGCUAAAUGCUUCACCACUUUGUUGUAACUCAUGCAGUGCAAAAUAUCAAACUUGACCAAGUAGAUUCAUACUAUUACAGAAAUAUAGUUACAGUUGUGCUCAAAGUUUGUAUACCCUUGGAGAAUUGGUCAUAUAUGUACCAUUUUUAAAUAAAACAUGAGUGAGCAGGCAAAACACAUUUCUUUUAUUGCUUAUGGGCUUCAUAUUCAACUGUACGUUAUAACAGAAUGGCACAAUCAUAAAACAAAACAUGGCCACAAAGAAAAAAAAUGAAAUUACCCCUGUUCAAAAGUCUUAAUACUGUGUAUUACCUUCUUUAGCAUCAAUGGCAGCAUGCAGUCUUUUGUAAUUGUUAUCUAUGAGGCCCCUAAUGCCUCCAGGUCAUGCAAAGUCUUUGGUUGUCUUAAAUGAACCGCAAGUUUGAGAUCUCCCCAGAGUGGCUUGAUGAUAUUAAGGUCAGAAGACUGUGAUGGCCACUCGAGAACCUUCACCCUUUUCUGCUGUAACCACUGGAGGGUCAACUCUUGUGCUUAGGGUCAUUGUCAUGCUGGAAAGUCCAAGAGCGCCCCAUGCGCAGCCUUCAUGCAGAAGAAUGCAAAUUGUCUGCCAAUGUUUUCUGAUAACAUGCUGCAUUCAUCUUGCCAUUAAUUUUCACAAGAUUUCCUGUGCCUUUAGAACUCACACACCCAAAACAUCAGUGAACCACCAUGCUUCACAGAUGCUCAAUCAGAAUGAGAUCUGAGGAAUUUGGAGGACAAGGCAAUACUUUAAACACUUUGACAUAUUCCUCAAACCAUUCCUGAACAAUUUUUGCAGAGUGCCAAGUGCAUUAUCCUGCAUAAAGAAGCCACUACCAUCGGAAAACACCAUUGCCAUGAAGGGCUGUAUGUGGUCUGCAACAAUCUCUAUGUAGGUGGUAACAUCCACAUGAAUGCCAGAACUGAAGGUUUUCCAUCAAAAGAUUUCCCAGAACAUAACACUUCCUAUGCCAGCCCGUCUUCUUUCCAUAGUACAUCCUGCUGCCAUCUCUUCCCCACGUAAAUGACACACAUGUACCCAGACAUCCACCAAAACGUGAUUAAUCAGACCAGUCAACAUUCUUCCAUGGUCCAUUUUUGAUGCUUACAUUCCUAUGGGAAAUGCUUUCAGCAGAGUUCAGGGGUCAUCAUGGGCACUCUGACCGGUCUUUCUAUUAUGGCAAAUUUUUUCAGAAAUUUGAGCUACAGUAGCUUUUCUAUGUGAUCAGAUCAGAUGGGGUAGUCUUCACGCCACACAAGCUUCAAUGAACCUUGGGCACUCAUGACUCUGAUACCAGUUUAUGACCCUUCCUUGCACCACUUUUGGCAGGUUCUAACCACUGCAUACCUUGAACAUGCUAAAGACUUGUUUUUGAGAUGCUCUGACCCAGUCAUCUAGCCAUCACUAUUUGCCCCUUGUCAAGGUCACUCAGAUAUUUUCGUUCCAACAAAUGAAAUUCAAAAACUGACUGUUUAGUUGCUACUUAAUAUAUCGCUUCCCUUGACAGGUGGCAUUGUCAUUUGACAUAUUCAGUGUUAUUCACUUUAUCUGUCAGUGGUUUUAAUGUUGUGGUUGACCAGUAUAUAUAUUUCAACACAAAGCGUAUGAAACCAUCAAAGGUAGAUAGAAAAAAACAGAGACAUUUACCAGUCCAUAGGGUGGCCGGGUUUAACAUGAAUAGACAAGAAUGAUAAUAGGAAGGUCAAAGACAGACAAGUAAAGGUCAAAGGGAGUCAGAGGUCCGGUAAACAUGAAAACAAAGCCGUGUCAAGGAUGCCAGAAAACAGAAUAGUCAGGAGAAGCUGAGUCAAAAACCAGAGUAAUUGAGAUACAGAGUAAACACCUUAUUGGAACCAAACAAAAAGUGACAGCAGGGCAAUGAGCCACAGAUCGACUGCGAUAUAUAUAUAUAGGUAAUUUUACUCUAUUUCAUUUCUGUGUGUCCAAAACUUGCGUAUAACACAUCGCAGAAAUGACACAGAGCGCUACGCAUCAAAAUAAUAACACUUAACAAGAAUAUUAGAAAAUGGUCAUGCAGCGUCCUAAAUGACACCAAUGACGGACAGUGUCAACAUCGAUGCGAAGAGAAUGUAACGUCUCAAAAUCAGCAUAGCAGUGAUGAUUGCCAUGCGAGUGUGAGGUGCUGCAGCCACACACAUGAAACCUCAAAUUUCUGUUUUCAGAAGUGUUAUAGUUUCCUUUUUUCAUACAAUUUUAGUAUCAAAGAAAAAAAUAGUGUAACUCAUUAGACUAAUUGCUCUCAUAUUUACAGAGUAAUUCUCUAACGUGAAAUUUCAAGGUGAAUUCAAAGUGAAUUUCAAGUUUACGUUCAUAAUAACUGAACUGGAAAAAUGUAUAAAUCAGCUACACUUUACAUUCAUCUACUAUGGCCUUGAAUGUGAAAUUCACUUUGAAGUCUCAUUUUAGUAAAUAAGCCUGUAAGUAAUUUGCAAUAGUCAUUUAGCCCUUCAGUUGCAGACAUGUGUCCUAGACAUGUGCAAUUCGUUUUGGUUUGAAUGUAAAGGGGGAGGGUUAGGGAUAGGGUUAGGGGUAGGGUUAAGGUUAGAGGUAGGUUUAGGGAACUGCCGAAGUCCCGAAUUCCUGAAGUGCCGAAUUGCCGAAGUCCCGAAUUGCCGCAGUCCUGAAUUUCAGAAGUGCCAAACCGAACUGAAGUGCCGAAUUGCCAAAGUGCCGAAUUGCCGCAGUCCUGAAUUUCGGAAGUGCCGAAUCUAACCACAUUUUUUUGCCCAUGCACAUCCCUAAUGUGUCCCACUCAUUGCUUUACAAUCUUUUGGUCAUAUCUUUGACACUCAGAGUUUUUUUACAACAGAACUAAAGAAAUACAAAUCUAUUUUCUUUCAUGUUGACAGCCAUUUUGAUAUUUUAUAUGCAUCCAGCAGAUCAGGAGGCGGGGUUUCCAGAGAAAGGGAAUGGAGUCACAUUUUCUUGGGUGGGGUCUAGUGCCUUGCCAUCUUAAAACUUCUACAAUUUAACAACCUAAACAAUUGUUAGAUCACGCCUCAUUUCUGAUUUUUUGGGGCACGGCUUCAAAUAUGCAAUAUCUGGACAUAUGAGCUUCUGAUGAAAAUUUAGUUAUUUAACCAUGACUAGUUAAUACAUUAGAUAGCUGAAUGCAGACAUAAUAAGUUAAAGGGACACUAUAGUCACCCAGACAACUUCAGUCCAAUGAAGUGGUCUAGGUGCCAGGUUUUAACCCUUCACAUGCAAACAUAGCAGUUUCAGAGAAGGGUUAAUCCAACCUGUAGUGGCUUUCUUCCUGACAGCCGUUAGAGGCGCUUCUGCGACGCUGGAUGCGAAAUUUGCAUCCAGCGUGCAGAACGUCAAUAGGAAAGUAUUGAGAAAUGCUUUCCUAUGGACUGUUAGAAUGCGCGCGCGGCUCUUGCCGCACAGGCACAUGCACAUUCCUUUUCCUGACACUAUAGUGAUCCUUUAAGCAUAUGUCAUUCUGACAUGCUCUGGUGUUGUGAGUGAGGUAUUGUAAUGGCUGACCACACACACCUCUUGCUCCCCUUGUUCCUGUGUAGUAGUUGAUAAGCAAUUCUGCAGUGUGAAGAAAAAUAUAAAUAAUAAUUAUUGAUGGACCAUUCUGUUUAAAGGAGAAAAAUAUAAAAGCUGCUAAAACCAUAACAGAAAUGCAAAAUUAUAUCCUUAAUUGAGUAAAAAAAUUGACUUAUUCUCUUUGCCUGUGCAUUAUCUGUAAAGGAACAUGGCGCUGUGGUAGGCUACCUCUCCGUUAGUCUGGGAAAACAUGCGUACAUUAAUAAAUAUUACAAGUCAUCUUCCUUAUCAGAAAAAGGUGACUUAUGAUAUAGCUUGUCCUAAAGUAUUUUGACAUUUCAUAGGAUUAAGAUCACAGGGAUUAAUUAUGCUGAUUGGAUCACACAGAACAGAAUAUUUGGAAAGAAGCCGACAUUAGUGAUGAGGAAAGUUAGAAAUCAAGAUUUUUGGGUUUUUUUAAGCUUCCUGUUAAUGACUUCAUUAAAAGAUUAAGUAAAUGUUUGCCUGAAGUGGUGACCUUAAUUUUCUGAAAUUUCCAAUCUCGUUCUCCACAGUUAGCCAUUACGGUAUCGCAGUCACCAAACCGUUGUCAUCCUUUUUUAAUUGCAAAGGCAUUCCAUGCGUGAAUUGUUUUAAAAGAGCGUCUUGCUUCAAUUUCUACAAAAUCUCAAAUUCCAUCAGUUAAACAGGGACUAUAAUAAUGCCCAGCAGCUUCUUUGAUGUCUUUCUUGAUUAUUUGCAAAUACACCUAGUUUAUAAAGCUGAUACUCGAAAAAUUUGAAUAUCGUGCAAAAGUUAAUUUGUUUCAGUAAUGCAACGUAAAAGGGGAAACUAAUAUACGAGAUAGAUGCAUUACAUCUAAAGCAAGAUAGUUCAAGCUGUGAUUUGUCAUACGUGUGAUGAUUAUGGCUUACAGCUCAUGAAAACCCCAAAUCCACAAUCUCAGGAAAUUAGAAUAUUGUGAAAAGGUGCAAUAUUCUAGGCUCACAGUGUCCCACUCUAAUCAGCUAAGUAAGCCAUAACACCUGCAAAGGGUUUCUGAGCCUUUAAAUGGUCUCUCAGUCUGGUUCAGUAGGAAUUACAAUCAUGGGGAAGACUGCUGACAUGACAGUUGUGCAGUAAACCAUUAUUGACACCCUUCCUAAGGAGGGAAAGCCUCAAAAGGUAAUUGCGAAGAAGUUGGAUGUUCCCAAAGUGCUGUAUCAAAGCACAUUAAUAGAAAGUUAUGUGGAAGGGAAAAGUGUGGAAGAAAAAGGUACACAAGCAGCAGGGAUGACCGCAGCCUGGAGAGGAUUGUCAGGAAAAGGCCAUUCAAAAGUGUUGGGGACUUUCACAAAGAGUGGACUGAGGCUGGAGUCAGUGCAUCAAGAGCCACCACACACAGACGGAUCCUGGACAUAGGCUUCAGAUGUCGUAUUCCUCUUUUUCCAGCAGGACUUGGCACCUGCCCACACUGCCAAAAGCACCAAAGCCUGGUGAAAUGACCAUGGGAUUACUGUGCUUGAUUGGCCAGCAAACUCGCCUGACCUGAACCCCAUUGGGAAUCUAUGGGGCAUUGCCAAGAGAAAGAUGAGAGACAUGAGACUGAACAAUGCAGAAGAGCUGAAGGCCGCUAUUGAAGCAUCCUGGUCUUCCAUAACACCUCAGCAGUGCCACAGGCUGGUAGCUUCCAUGCCACGCCGCAUUGAGGCAGUAAUUGCUGCAAAAGGGGCCCAAACCAAGUACUGAGUCCAUAUGCAUGCUUAUACUGUUCAGAGGUCCAAUAUUGUUCUAUGUACACUCCUUAUUUUAUUGAUUGCAUGUAAUAUUCUGAUUUACUGAGAUUGUGGAUUUGGGGUUUUCAUGAGCUGUAAGCCAUAAUCAUCGCACUUAUACAAAUCACGGCUUGAGCUAUCUUGCUUUGCAUGUAAUGCGUCUAUCUCAUAUAUUAGUUUCCCCUUUUACGUUGCAUUACUGAAAUAAAUGAACUUUUGCACAAUAUUCUAAUUUUUCGAGUAUCACCUGUAUAUUCUGGGUUUUCUUGGUUUCUUCCUUAUACUAACUCUAAAAAUGUCAUAAAGUACACAUAUAUCUACAGGAUAUCUAACAACGAGGUAUGUGUUAUGGGGAAAUAAUGCUAUUGUAAUAUAUAUUUAAAAUGUUGGUAGAUCACUAGAUAGACAGACAGUUGGAAGAAAGUUACUCCUCGCUCUACCAUGUAAAGUUAGUAAAUCAUAGUAUUCAACUUUUUGCACAUCCAGACAGAUGUUGCAAUUUUAAUAAUUAGCACACCUGCUAGCCUCCCUUAUAAUGAAUAACUUUGUCUUCUUCCUUUGAUCCUGUGCAUUUGCAUUCUCAGUUUCAAGAAAUAUAGUUGGUUUUGUAGUACUUUUAAAUUGUAAUAAACAAUGGGUACAGGAUCUGUUUAAAGAGAAUAGAUUCUCAAAAUGUUAACUGUACAACGGGUACAAUUGUUGUCUUUCUGAUAUUUUGUGCUAUUGUGCAUGGAUUUACAUUUGAUAAACAUCUGGGGAUAGAUAGACAGACAUACAGACAGAUUGACAGACAGGCACACAGCCUCCAGAAUCCCAAGAUGUUAAUCGUAAUGUUGAAUUAUAUUCCUCAGCAAAUGGAGUGCCAGAGAUUUUUUUUAUCCAGACAAACACACACACACACACUUUCACAAGAGACACAUUUGUUAGAUCAGGGGUUCCCAACCCAGUCCUCAAGUACCCCCCAGCAGUCCAGGAUAUAGUGAUUACCCUGCUGUGUCUAAAAUUUGUUUUGUUUUUUUAAAGCACCUUAGACACAACUGGCUAAUCCCUAAAUCCAGGACUGUUAGGGGGUACUUGAGGACUGGGUUAGGAACCACUGUAUUAGAUGAAUGUUUACUCUCAGAACCUUGAACCAUAUCAUUACUAGGGAUGUGAAGGAAGUCACUGGUCUUACAUAUCUAUAUCAGUAAGUGUAUCACCUCCUUCGUCACUAACAGCACCAAAGCAGUGAACAGCACCAGCCUCGUUUUCAAGUCUGGGCCCGGAUGCUGCUAAACUACAACUUUUAUGAGUCUCCUGUCAUCUACUACAUUCAAAGAAUUUUGGGACUUGUAGGAAAUUAACAUGGGGCGGUGGCAGAGUCUGAGAUCAUUGCUAUAAAGUAACAUUCAGGAUUCCACAGGGAUUAUCACAAUCAGCUGUACUAUUCAACAUCUGUAUUAAACUUCACCAACAGACAACACAUAGAGCUCUAUGCUCCCACCUAUAUACAGAUAAUAUUCAGCUCUUAAUUGGAGAUAAUACAAUCUCCAUCAGCUAGGAACAAUGCACGUAGUAUACUGAAAUUGUAGUUCGAAGCAACAAUAAAAACAGCCACAGGAGGUGGGGGCGUUGCAUCCAAAUUGCAACAAAUGCUAUAUACAUGAGCUUCAUUAAAUUGGCCUGCUUAAUGCAUGUGCAUUCCUGCGGUGUAAUUAGAAAAUGGAUGAUAUAAUGUUAUAAGUAGGGUGACCUAAAAUCUCAGUGUACAAAUUUGACCUAGAAAAGGCCUUGUUAUAUAAAUAAACUGCCAGAUACAACUGGGCACACCUGGGCAAUAAAAGGCCUGAGAACAAAUUGAACACUCAUGUUCUCGUAACAUGAGUAGGAAUAACAAUUUAUCAAUUCCAAAAUGCCACAUAGAAACUAUAUUUCUCCAUGUGGCCAUGUAACAACAAGCAAGUAAAAUAAAUCUGUUAGAGCCAGUGGCCAGAAUUUAAUUUAGAAAAGACCAGUGGACUAUUGCCAUAUUGUCUACCUUGGCAUCUCAUUCAUACCAUCACAUUAACAUUUUUCAAAAAUCCUCUCUCACUUUAAUUUUUUAGACUGUGUUGUUCCAGAAUUGUGUUUUCUAUAAGAUAUUGAGUACCUGUGCUACUUUGGUAUAGUAACCCAUACAGUGUUUAUACAUUAUGCAGUACACACUGUCUAUGUAACAAACCUUGCGGCUGGCUAUGUUUAUAUACUGGCAUUUGCCAAUUAAAUCUAACUUUAUAUAAAUUUGUUAUGCAGUAUUGGGAACAUUGGCAUUUAACUUUGUUUAUCGUCACUUUUAAGGGAGGUGCACACCUGUGGCAUGUACCUCUGGUGUGCUGAUUUUUACACCAUGUAAAUUAAUGGAUAAUGAAUUGUAAAGGUUGAACAUUUAAUGUUAAGCAAUCUAGUGUUUUUUUGCAGCAGAGAAACCACUUUCAAGUAAUUGCUGUGAAAAAUCACCAUUGUACGUUAUCUCCCUGUAGCUAAAAUCAAUGUUAACCUAUUUUCGUUAGGAAUAAAAGUGACUGUCUGAAGCUAUAAUUGUCCUUUAGGGAAUAUUACCUAUUUGGUAAGUCUUGCCAAAAAAAUAAUAUCCCUAGGAGUUUAAUCUUAAUAUGCCUAGCCAAAACACAUUUUUCUUUCUUUUGGGUUUUUUUUAAGUUGAAAGUUUUAUUUUUUACAUUAUUCUCAAUAUUUAUAAACCUCUGCAAGUUCCGUGAAAUUACAUCAUUUUUUAAAUCUGUUUUAUAGGCUUGCUGAAGGGCAGCAGUGCCAGAGACUUGCAUUAUUUUUUUUAUUGAUGAAAUAUUGCUGUUUUAUCUUCUAUGGAAAUAAGAAUAGCUAUGUCCUAGGAUAGUGCUAGAUUAACUUCAGUGCUGCAAUGCAUAUGCAUGAGAAGGGACCGUGACAGACUGGCGACCUUACAUUACCUUAUCUAGUAUAAAUUAGAGCACCGAGAUAGUCUUUUCUACAUUAUGGAUACAACGGAAAAUGAAAAUAUCUGUCCUCCCCACUUUAAACAUACAGGCACAGCACAUGUACACACACCUCAAUUAUAUCAGAUUAUAAAAUAAAAACCAAAGGUUAAAUUGAUUUUGUCACUGCAUGCAAACUUAAUAGAUGUUAAUCCGAGGUGCUUUCCCUUUAAAUAUAUAUAUAUAUAGGAUAUUAUAUCUUUAAUCUUAUAUAACCUGUGCUGCUAUCCUCUAGUUUUCCCCUACGUGUAAAACUCAAAAUACAUGAUAUUUUGAACAGUGAGUUAGCGCACACAAUUGUAGAAAGCUCUCAAAUUAGAGAGUAAAAUAUUUGUAGAACUGAUUCCCCAUGAAGUUCAUGCAAUUAAAAAAAACGCUCUGUUAUAUGUACAGUACUUUUAAGAAAUCCCAAGAUUGUGCAGUCCACACCACAAAUAUAUUGGCCCCUUUUGAAUCCUCCAGUGCUCGGGGUUACAAUUUAAAUAGUGAUAUUAUUGGAAUGCAUUUGUACUUUAUCUGUAUUUGUUCCCAAUUAAUGUCCGAGAGACAGAAUGUAUAAUAGUGUAACACUUUAUAUAUUUGGGUUUGCAGUACUAGCCCUAUAUAUCCUGCUCACCUGAUUCAGGGACACAGUGUAUCUCAUUGUAUAAGCAGGAAAUGGAUUUUCAAUAGUAUUCCAAACUUUAUUUCUUUCCAAAAUGAAAAUAAACAAUAAAAUCUAUAUAGCUAUAUCUAGCUGGCUCACAGUUCAUGGGGGAGUUGUGAUCGCUUUUACAGGUCCACCGUCCACCGAUGUUGCUGCUCGAUCCUCCUCUCCCCUGGACGCCAGGUACGUAAUGUCGGCACCACGUGACUUAUGCGUUUCGCCCUGGGGGCCCACCCCGCCCAGACUUUCUGUGGCUGUCCAAUCACAGACAUCCUAAUGCAGCUUACAGAGAAGUCUUGCAAGGCAGGUGCACUGAGCAAUUGCUGCCUAUUGAGUUUAGCUCUACUGAGUUACGUCUUACUAAGUAACAGGACUGGUUGUCUGUUUGAAAAUCAGGGGUUUAACAAGGUUAAUUUAUAAAAGUGCCAAUUUCUGUUGAAAUCUGAACUUUUUGAUGUGCUUUAGAAGUCAGGAGUGUCCCAUUAACCAGCAUUGACCUAUCAUCGUUCAACUUCGUUCAAGCCAAAUCUGAUUUAUACUUUAGUGUAAGGAGAUACACCUUCAAAAUGGAUACAUUUUCGGGGUGGAGCUUAGCCGCGGAACCAAGCGGUCGCACACACGGAGAGCUCCGGCUAAAACGAGACGAAAUCGACAAAAAAUUACAGCCAAACGAUCCCAUACACCUCAGAAAUCCCACGGGCAGAACGGGGUAGCAAAGCCGACAUCCAACCGAUGCCAUUUACGUUCCAACAGAUGGGUCAGAAAAUCCGCCGCAAAGCUAAGGCCUACUCAGAUUACAGGGCCCUCGAAACAGCGCUACACAGCGCAGCACUCUCCAUAGCAGCACUGACUGCGGAGAACACACACACCGCCCUGGAGACCAUGGGAAGAAAAUCCCAUUGGACAGCAAUAGGUGCGUGCAAAGACACCUGCGACAUUAGCACCAUGCUCCAGCGCCCGGCGGGCCCAAAGAUGGUGGCCACGCCUGACCCAGAGACCAACUCCAAAUGCUCGGACCAUGCUGAGGGGGAUACCCUAGACCAACGGCCACCCCAUGACAUACAGGCUGACCCAGACAUGCUAACACCAGCCACUAAACUGGACAUUAAAAACCUCCUACUGGAACUAAAACAAAUGUCCGCGGCAGACAUGGCCAUAAUGAAAAUGGAGGUCCUAGCGGUCACGGACCGCGUGAAAUCCACAGAGGAAGACAUAAUCGACAUCCAACAUGAAGUAAAAGGCCUUAAAGAAACAGUAUCACAACUAAAAUCCUCUCACUCAACUCUGCUUAGCAAACUGGAGGCGACAGAAGAGAGAAGCCACAAAUUCAACGUGAAAAUCAGGGGAAUCCCCGAUGACAUCAGUCAGUCAGAGUUGCCGCAUUACCUCAGGCGACUGGUAGCCACCAUAUUGCCACAAGCACAGGCCAAAAAACUGGCCAUUGUGGAGAUGUUUCGCAUCCGCAAAUCACCACAGGCACCCCCCCAAGCAACCAGGGAUGUACCAUAUAUACUCGAGUACAAGUCGACCCGAAUAUAAGUUGAGAUCCCUAAUUUUAAACCAAAAAACUGGGAAAACUUAUUGACUCAAGUAUAAGACUAGGGUGGAAAAUGCAGCACCUACUGGCAAAUUUCUAAAUAAAAUUAGAUCCCCAAAAAAUUAUAUUAAUUGAAUAUUUAUUUACAGUGUGUGUAUAUAAUGAAUGCAGUGUGUGUGUGUGUAUAUAAUGCAGUGUGUUUGUAUGAAUGCAGUGUGUUUGUAUGAAUGCAGUGUGUAUGUGUAUGAAUGCAUUGUGUGUAUGAAUGCAGUGUGUGUAUAAAUACAGUGUGUGUGCAUGAAUGCAGUGUGUGUGUGUGUGUGUGUAUGAAUGCAGUGUGUGUAUGAAUGCAGUUUGUGUGUGUGUGUGUAUGAAUGCAGUGUGUGUGUGUGUGUGUAUGAAUGCAGUGUGUGUAUGUGAUGCAGAGCCUUGGUGGGGGGUGAGCAUUUUUAUUAUUUUUUAAAAUUAUUAUUAUUAUUUGUUUUUUAUAUUAUUAAUAUUUUUAUUUUAUUAUUUAAAUUUGUAUUUAUUUAUUUUCGUCCCCCCUCCCUGCUUGUUAGCUGGCCAGGGAGGGGGGCUCUCAUUCCCUGGUGGUUCAGUGGUAUGGGCUGUGUAGGAGGGGGGCUGGCAGAGAGCUGUAACUUACCUUUCCUGCAGCUCCAGUCAGCUCCCUUCUCCUCUGGUCCGGUCAGCUCCCCUGUCAGCUCCACUGUAAGUCUCGCAGUCUGAGUGCCGCGCGGAGCGUUGCCAUGGCAACGCUCUGACCCGGCGGCUCUCUUGAGACUUACAGUGGUGGAGAAGGGAGCUGACAGGACCGGAGGUGAAGGGAGCUGACAGGAGCUGCAGGAAAGGUAAGUUACAGCUCUCUGCCAGCCCCCAACAGGAUGCCGGGCUUGUAAUGAGCCUGGCGGUCCUGGUCUGUAUUGUAAGUUGCCAUAAUACAGACAUUGACUCGAGUAUAGGUCGAGUGGGGGUUUUUCAGCACAAAUAAUGUGCUGAAAAACUCGACUUAUACUCUAGUAUAUAUGGUAAUCGUCAGGUGCCACACUCAAGCGGACAGAAACGCCAUCUUCGCCACACUAAAGGGCAAAACACCAAUGGACUUUGAAUCCGCAAAUCUUACCUUUUAUUAGGACUUAACAAGAUCCACACUUCAAUGGAGACGAAACCUACGCCCAGUGACCCAUCACCUUCAAGACGCCAAUGUAAUAUACCGCUGGACACUACCUAAAACCCUGUCUGUGGACCACAAUGGCACUACUCUGCAUCUCACCUCCACCCAGGAGGCGGACUCCUUCCUCAAGGUGCUGGGGCUUCCACUGGGACCAGAUCCAAUUGACGAUCCCACCAGCUCCCAUACAUGGGACCCCACCAGAACUGUCCCCUUUGUACCGAGGAGGAGGGGAAUCCCGAUAGCAGACACCUGAUGUGAAUGACUACUUCUUAGCCCGCUGGCAAAAAGUUACCAGAGUUAACAUUAAUAUUUCUGUUCCAGUUAUACGUUUACUUAUCUUCCAAGGGCUUAGCACCAAUUAGGGAACUCUGCAAGGCACACAACUACAUAAUACUUCCCUGAGUCAAAGGGCCACCUUAUAGGCAAUGACUCACAUACCGAUAAAACCAUUACCGGGUACCGCAUGGCAAAAGCCACCACCAUUGCAGAACCAGCUCAUAUGCCAAUAACACACCUCCAUCGCCCCCCAAGGUCCCCUAGGCUAGGGGCCACGGACCACGCACACAUUGUGCAAUCAACUACGAGGCACUCAGGACAACUUAAGGACAGGGAGAACUAGGUUCACGCACAACGUACCCGGUCACAAUGUCCUAACCUAGGGACACAAUAGCGAGUAAUGUGGUACAAAUCGUUAUCGCCAUGGCCACCACUAGGACCCACUUACAUGAAACAAGCGACCAUGGUACACCAACUAGAGCUGAACAUGCUAUGUAAAACCAAGAUAACUACAUGUAACUUCUCACCUUAGGUGGACCUAUGGCGAUACAAUGAUAGAUCUAGCAGGAUUGUUGUAACAUGUAAAAUUGACCUUUAAAAAAAAAAAAAUGAAUGCCAACUGUUUACCUAUGUUAUUUGUUUGACUACCUGAGAGAGCUGUUGUGGCAUCUCCAUCACUUGUGAUAUGCAACUGCACAACAAAAAUAAAGAAUAAAAAAAAAAAUAUUUGAUACAUUUUCAUGCAUAAAUCCUAUUAUUUGCAUGAAAAUGUGAAAGUAUCUGAAGAUAUUCUUAAAUGAAGUUUUAAAAAAAAUCCACUACAAACCAGACAAUUGGAUUUCUAACACCAAGUUUCAGCUACAGCUCGUUCACCUAUUUUUGUUAAAUAUAUAAAGAGAGGGUUAUCCCUCAUAUCCAUGUUGUAAAAAAACAUGAGGUUGGGGGCUAAUCUCCCCAGAACAUCUGCAUUAACUUUUCUGAUCAUAUGUUUGAGUUUCUAAGAAAGAUAAGCGAAACAACAAGUUAAAAGAGUUGGGUACUUUAUUCAGAUAGUAGAACCCCAUAGUGAUAAUAUAUAAUUUUGUAUGUAAAACACCGCAUGGUUUAACGUAUGUCUUCUAAGUGUGGCUAGAAUUACUAUGAAAGGCUGUCCUCCAGAUUUUCUUUGGCUCUUACUAUGUUGCUCAGACCUUACUAUUAACCAGGGAGGUCCAACAACUCUUCUUCCUCAAGCCGGUAUGUAAGGUAUGGAAAGGGUUCACAUGGUAGCAAAUAUGCCUUAACCCACUCCUUAACCUCAAAGGGGUGGUGGGGUCAGACUAUUAAAUAGCCAUAGAGAGGCCCAGGGAACGACCCUUCUAUCUUUGCCCACAUCCUGGGUGGUUGGGUGGAGGCUAAGAAGAUAAUUCAUGGGCCUUGAAACAUUAGUUGUAGAACCAGAGGAUACUAAACAAAGAAACAAAAUUGAAAAUGUGAGUUGGACCAUACAGAGUUUUAAAUUGAACCCUCUUUUAUAACAGUGUUAUCCUAUGAGUUCUCCUUUUUAUACCAUAGAGGAAUACCUGUGUCUGUUGCCUCGAUUAAUGGAGAAGGAAUUAUACUGUAUUCACCUGUGUAACACAUAUGGUGGUGUCAAGCUCUGGGAGUUAGAGCAUUAAUAUUAUUCCAAUUUUGCGCUGAGCACUUUAUCUUUCUAUUAUAUAUUUGAAAACACAACUAGUGCUCAUAUAAAAUUAAAUAUUGUGUUAAACAGAAUGCUGCAUCACCCUUAAAUAUAUAACACGUCUUGCUAGAUGGAAGAAGUGCAUUCAGUAUUUUUUUUUCUUUUAAAUGGAUACAUCCUGUCACUUAAGCUCUUAGCGUGAAAUAAGGCCAUGUGUCCUUAUCUUUGUUGGAGUGCUAAAUUAUGAAUAUCCUUGAGUGUCAGGAGUGCGAGUCGAAUGCAAGAUAGCUUAUUGGUAGGUGAUAAAUCAGAGACAGACUACAUGCAGAAUGACUGAAAAGAUAUACACUUUACAAUUUGUUAAAAUAUAUACCAAAAGACUCAGAUUACACAGCUUUCCUAAGAUAGGUUUUAUGCAAUAUUUAGUCUUUUUGUUUUAAUCGAUGGCUGGUAACCUAAAAAAAUACCAAAUAUCGUAGCACGCUACAAACUGCAGUAGGUAGAAUAUCUAAAAUAAACAAUACAAAUAUAGUAUAGUGCAGACUAUCUGAUAUAGCUAUCAUAGAAAUACUAUACAAUGUCUGGGAGAGAACUCACAUGUACCAGAGCUCUAUUACCCCUGGCUCUGGGUUUGAAUUGCUCCACUUAGCAGGGAUAUUUCCUACAGUAUAAUGACAGGAAAGGUGUCUCCACUUAGUCAGAUGAAUAUAUGGAUAUCUGUGCAGUAUAAGAGGAAACAAAAUAAUUCAUGUUUUUCCUGGGGACUAGACAUUAUUAUUACCCAACUUAAUGGAACACCAUGUAUUGAUUUCAAACGUCCUAUGAUGUAGCUGUACCUUGAAUCUAACCCACUGAGUUAUGUGUACUGUAUAUUCUAACCAUUCGUUCUGUUUGGUCCUGGGAUAGUCUGACAUCACUCUGUAUGCAGUUUCUCCUCCACUGAUUUGUUGAAAUUAUUCAUAUUGUAUUAAAAAAUGUAUUUCUUUGAUAGUUCAGUGACUCAGCCGUGCCCAAACAUGUCAGCUUUACAAGUCUACAUUCCUUUACAUAAUUACACUUAGUUAAAGAAAAUGUAGUUUCCUUGAAGCUUAAAAGUUAUUUUUCAAAUUCUUCUUGACUGAAAAAGUAUAACAUUAAUAAGUAAGUGUAUGAUGAGUAAUUUGUUUUCUGUAUACCCACGUGCUUGUAAUGUAUUUUUUAUAAUCAUGUUUUUAGAUUGACAAUAAAUCUCAUUGUUAAUUUACAAGCUGUGACAAAAGACCCAUGGUAUUGUGAAAGCUUCCCUCGUCCUAUAAACACCUUAACAAAAACAAAGCAACACAUUUGGCAGAGCCUUAAUAAUGAUUGUAAUAAAGAGUUAUUUGAGUAUUAGCAAUGUGAAUGCUAAUUGUGGAACCCCAGAUACUGUAGAACUUCCACUCCCAUGAUGCUCUGCUAGACUUUAUAAUCACAUAUCUGGGAAACCAGGGGCAAAAAGUUACUUUACAAACUGUUAUGUAUUUGCAUCUGUUAUGUAUUUGCACCUGACAGUGCUGUUUAUGUCAGGAACUAUGUUUCUGGGCCUAAAUGGAUACCUGCAAAAGUACAUGUGGCCACAGGAUCUUUGUCAUACAAAGUUCGAAUUCCUGAUGGUAGAAUAUUACGAAGGCAUGUCGAUCAGAUCCGGGAAUGGAGUGAUGAGAUUGUGCCUGCUGUCGGUCUCAGUCAUUCCAGGUUUUCUGUGAUACCAGAUGAUGUCGAACCACUGGGUGAUACAGGUGUCAGUUCUCCAGGAGUUGUUGUUGCAGAACCAGUUCCUUGCGGAUCAUCUGACAGAGCACAGGAAGAAAGGAUGGGCACAACUGAAGGUCCAGGUGAAGCAGCACCAAACAUGGUUUUGGGGCGCCCAAGAAGAAAUAUUCACCCUCCCAGUUAUCUCAAAGACUUUGAGGUCUAGGGGGCAGGAGUGUUAUGUAUUGGGGUGUUAUGCAGUCCACCUUCCAGUAGAUGGCAGCAUAGUGAAGUUAUGCACUUGUUCUGUUGUGUUAGUCUCUCUUGUGUUAUGUUAUUAUGUGUGUGUACUGAAGUAAAGAGAAGUUCUAUUUUACUACAAUGUCUGAGAGCCAUUUUGUGAAUAUAUAACAUGCGAAUACAUUAAACUGGCGAUGAGGAUCGGAUUGUCAGUAAAUGGACACUGCAGAAUAAAUAUACAGGAAAUAAAAUCAGCACUACUGAGGAGGAGGUAAAUCUUUUCUUUUGGAAUUCUAUUAUCUACAAAUAUCUCCAGCAUGGCUUCUCUGGGACACAUGGAGGAAUUUGAUCUAGCUAGUGGCAUACUAAGGGGGGCGGGGGGUGCGGAGGGGGUGGUCCGCCCCGGGUGCCAUCAGGGUGGGGGGUGCCUUGGGAGGGGGUGCCACAAGGAGCGCUGGCCCCCCUCAUGCUGCAGCCACCCGAGCGCUCUGUAGAGAGCCGCAGGCGGCUGCAGCUUUGCCCGCCCUGGCGCAGCCUGAGGAGAGGGGCUGACAGGAGGGAAGCGCUCAGCGCUCCCUCCUGUCACUCCCUCACUGUAGCGUGGCUGAGCUCUGUAUCAUGGUCCGCGGGUACAGGGAGCAUCUGUCUCCUGUACUCGGCCGGACUAACAGGAAGUACACAAAAGCUCCCCGUACCCGCGGACCAUGAUACAGGGCUCGGCCACGCUACAACAGUGGUGGGGGGGGAGAAAUUGCAGGAAGGAGGAUAAAUAAAGAUUGGAGGGUAUAAAUAAGGUGGGAGGGGGAUAAGGAAGUGGGGAUAAAUAAAAAGAUUGGAGGGAUAAGAGGUAUUGGAGGAUAAAUAAAAAGGUAGGGAGGGAUAAGGAAAUGGGAGGGAUAAAUAAAUAUUGAGAGGGAUAAAAAGAAAAGUGGGAGGGAAUAAAGAAAAGGUGGGAGGAAAGGAAGUGGAAGAGAGGAUAAAGAAAAGGUGGGAGGGGGAUAAAGAAAAGUGGGAGGAGGGAAGGAGAAAGGGAGGAAAUCGGAGAGGGGGAUAAGAAAAGAUUGGAGGGGAUAAAGAAAGAAAUUGGGAGGGAGAAGGAAAUUGGAGAGGGGAUAAAGAAAGAUUGGGAGGGGAUAAAAGAAAGAAAGUGGGAGGGGAGAGGGUAGGGGGAAUAAAAAGAUUGGGAGGGUGAGAUAAAAAGAAAAGGGAGUAGGGAGGGAGAGAAGGAAGUGGAGAGAGGGAUAAAGAGAGAAAAGAUUGGGGGGAUAAGGAAAUUGGGAGGAUAAAUAAAAGGUGGGAGGGAUAAAAGAAAAGAAGUGGGAGGGAUAAAAGAAAAGGUGGGGAGGGAAAAAGAGAGAGAGAGGGUGGAGAGGGGGGAUAAAGAAAGAAAUUGGGAGGGGGAGAAGGAAAUUGGAGAGGGGGGGAUAAAGAAAGAUUGGGAGGGGGGAUAAAGAAAGAAAUUGGAGAGGGGGAUAAAGAAAGAAAUUGGGAGGGGAGAGAAGGAAAUUGGAGGGGGGAGAGAAGGAAAUUGAAGGUGGGGGAGAGAUUUACAUUCAUCACACACCAUGCACCCCUUGCACACAGAAAAACACACAAUGCAUUGCACACACACUGCAUUACACACACAGACACACAUACACAAGCAAUGCAACCGUUACACACAAUGCAUCCCUUACACACAGAAACACACAAUGCAUUCAUUACACACACUUAAUGCACCCCUUACACACAUUCAAUGCAUCCCAUACAUACACAGAAACACACCUUGCAGUCCUUACACAUACAAACACAAUUUCACACAAUGCAUUCCUUACACACAUAUCAGGACAUUCCCUACACACUCCACCCCCUGUGAACAAACUCAUUGGUGGAACAUGAAGGUGGACCCUGGGACCCAGACCUUGAGCUGUGCAAAGGGCCCCCAAAAAAUGGAGCUGCUUCCCGUUCUCCCAGAACAUUGAUUUUUGUGACCACAGUUACAAACAGCCUCCAGAGAGCCUGCUCUACACCAGACCAGUGGAGCCAGACUGCAGCUAGAGCCCAUCAUCAUCCUCAUCUGGUUGUAAGUAGGCAAUCUAGUAUAUUAUUCGUGGCACUAAGCUCUAAAUUUACCUCACAUUAAAGAAACACUAUAGUCCCCAGAACCACUUCAGCUUAAUGUAGUGGUUCUAGUGUCUAUAGCCUGUCCCUGCAGGCCUUUUAAUGUAAACACGGCGGCACUGCAGCACUGGCGUUAGAUAACAUGGCAAAUCAUAUGGGUGGGGCAUUGUGAUGUCACAUGGGGGGGGGCGGCAAACUUUACUUUUUCCUAGGGCGGCAAAAAUCCUUGCACUGGCCCUGGCUGGAGGGGGCUGUGUGAGCUGUGGCCACAGAGUGCCCCAUGGUAGUUAGGGUGCCGUGCGGCCAGUACAGCUCACACAAGCAAACAGCUGAUAAACUGGCCGCACAGAGGACAAGUGGGGUGGAGCUAAGCAAAAUCGGAGGCGGAGCCGAACUGGCGCUAGGGGCGGGUAUUUGGUGGGGCGGGGCAAGAGGGUGCCAAGCACAGGAUCCGCCCCGGGUGCCAAAUGCUCUAGGUACGCCCCUGGAUCUGGCUAAUCCAGCCUCAUGAGACUCAUAUGCUGAGCGGUUAGUGUUUUUCCUGGAAGUUAAUAAGGUGGUUGAGGCUGUUCCGAAGAGAGCUGUGUUACUGAGUGUUAUUGGAUCUAAGACUCUUGAUACUGUCCGCUCACUGAUAUCUCCUGCUAAACCACAAGACUACUCAUUUGAAGAAAUACUGGCACUGUUAAAACAUCAUUUAGCACCCACCUCAUCUGAAACAAUGAGGCGUUUCCAUUUCAAAAGAUGAAAUCAGAAACCAGGUGAAAGCAUUGCAGCAUACAUUGCAGAACUGCGCAGGCUCUCUGAAAAUUGCAAUUUUGGUGCCAGCUUCGAAUCCUUGUUAAGGGACAGGCUUGUGUGUGGGGUGCAAGAUGAAGCACUGCAGAGGAGACUGCUUGCAAGACAGAAUUUAACUUUUAUUAUUGCACAAGAGGAAGCUCUUGCAAAUGAGGCUGCAUAUGUCCAUUCAAAAGAGAUACAAUCCUCUUCCAGCAAAGAGAACUCACCUGAAAUAAAUCUAGUGAAGAAGACUGAUGUUAAAUCAAAAGACUUUUCACCACGCACUGAUGUCACAGCUCCAUUUAAAGGAACUUGUUAUAGUUGCGGUGGAAAACACAGGCAUAAUACAUGUCGUUUUCGAAAUUCAGUUUGCCACACAUGUACAGGUCACAUACAGACAGUUUGCCAAACACCUUUAGCUGAUUGCGAUAUUUCAGUAUCAUAUAUACAUUUCUAUUUCUGGAAUUAUUUUGUUGUCCACGAUUCUGAGAUCUGAAUUCUAGUUUAGUCUUUAUUUUUCUAACUUACCGAGCUUCAUCCUCCUUAUUGGAAAGGAUCACUGACUGAUCAGGGUCUCACAUAUGCAUUAAUGUACGUUGGGAUGGUAGAAGAACCUCAUACCCAUGGAAUCUCUAUUAUAAUUGGGUUCAGCAUGGCAUCAGUACUGACAAACUUUGUUCUGGAUAGCGAGGUAGGAUGAUAGUUUGCACUGGAAGCAAUUCUCCCCACCAGUCACUUGUUUGUGUUUAUUUAUUGAAAGCAAUUUUUUAAGAUAUUCAUAGAUUUUUGUUAGUCUUGCAAAAAAUAAAAGGUGUACCAUGCAUAUUUAGUUAUUAGAUUUUUAUGGAUUACUUGUUAGUGUUUCUCCAUGUCGUCUGUAAUCAGGAGUCAUGUAAGAUCAUAACCCGGCAAUGUGUAUUUGAUUAUCUUCUCCUGUUCACAGAUGGUUGGAUAAAUGCAAUAUGUGUGUAUUGUGUCCAGAUUGUCAGUCAAGUAUCUUAAAGUCUAUUACUUCCCUCUAGAACAGAAACACAGAAACAUAGAAUGUAUUUUCUAAAUACUUUCAUGCUUACCUUCAAGACUUCUCUACAUCUGCACCAUUUCCCUUCCCUUCUCCAAUAGACACUCACCCAGUCUCCACUCCUUCAAAAAAUCAUUUAAAACUCACUUUUUCACAAAAGCGUAUCAAUUAAACUGUUAAUGGCUCUCAACUGAUUCCUGUCCUGCAACUACUGUCAUUUAAAUUUUUUUUUUUUUUUUUAAAUCCACACCAAGUCUUCAGUGAAUACUAUUCUACCAAUCUACUUCCCUAAUACUUCCCUUACCUUUUGUGUCACUAUACCCCACUCCCUCUAGCACAGGGAUAGGCAACCUACGGCACUCCAGAUGUUUUGGACUACAUUUCCCAUAAUGCUCUGACACCCAUAGUGCUGGCAAAGCAUCAUGGGAGGUGUAGUCCAAAACAUCUGGAGUGCCGAAGGCUGCCUAUGCCUGCUCUAGCAUGUAAGCUCAUUGAACAGGGCUCUCAACCCUUCUGUUCCUGUGCAUCAAAUUUGUCUGGUUACAAUUACAUGUUUGUUAGUCCACCUAUUGUAAAGCGCUACGGAAUCUGUUGGCGCUUUAUAAAUAUUAAUAUUAUUAAUUAGUUCCUGGCCUUAUCUUAAGUCCAGGAUAGCCUUAUGCCUAUCCCACACAUGCUUAAACUCCUUUACUGUGUUAAUGACACAUUCCUGUUGUACCUUUUAUUAGUAUUAGUGAUAAUAUUGUUAUUGCUAUUCUUCCAUUGAAUUGUACUUGAAGAUUAUUUAACGAAGUAAGAAUCGUUCACUUACUACCGCCUUCAAAGCUGGUGGAUGCAGGAAUGUCAGAAUGGCUGCUUUUUACUUUUGGGGUAAAUCCUUUACAAGCGCUUACUACAUAGGCUUGCUAAAAGAGCAAAUGACAGAUGAUUAAUGGCACCCACUUAAAACACAUGUAUUUUUAAGGAGGAUUGUCACUUACCUAGAUUUUGAAUUCUAUAUUUAUAUUUCCCUUAUAUGCUGCCUGUAGCAUUUCAUUACAGAAUGCUGCACUUUCUGGAAAUCUUUUCAUAAACAGGGUUAUACAUAGGACACAUGCAAAGGUUACACAUUUAGACUGGAAGAAAGGAGAUCUAGUCUAAGGCAAAGGAAAGGAAUUGUUACAGUAAGAACAAUAAGGAUGUGGAAUUCUCUGCCUGAAGAGGUGGUUUUAUCAGAGUCUAUACAUAUGUUUAAAUAACAAUUGUAGAUUAUGCUAAUUUUAGUGUACCGAUAAUCUUAAUUUUAUUAAUGACAGGAGGCGAGUAUUUGCUUAAGUCUUUCUUUACUUAAGCUUCACAGCAGCACUUUUUUACUUAGUAACAGGGUAACCAAUCAGAAAAAAGAGAUAACAAGGUAUAAGAGUCCCUCCCUGUGAUGUCACUUCCUCUUUCUGGCUGCGAACAAACAGGAACAGGAACUGCAACUGAACCGGAUGAGGAAUUCAGGAUGCCAGAUGAGAAAGCAGAUGUUAGAGAGGGAACAGGAACGAAAGCAUGUCUUCUUAGAGAGCUGAGGUGAUGCUUGAGAUGGAACGGCAACUGAGCUUGUCCUCAUGAGGGGGCUUUAUGCUGAAACGAGAAAGCAGAGUCGAAACCAAGGAUUAAUCCGAGAAUUGGACUUAUAAAAUAUGACAUUCGGUAUAGAAAAUCCCGUCUUAAAGCCCGCCUUCCACAAAGUGUAAACAAUCCACCCCUAGAGAAUAACCCUUAGCCCUCCCCAAGGUAGAGGUACAUAGUGUAUGUAUUUAGUCUAGAUGAACUUACCUAGAUAGGUGACCUUAGGGAGGGGAAAAAGAACGAGAGUGAAGGGUGGGAAAUACUCGCCUCCUGUCAUUAAUAAAAUUAAGAUUAUCGGUACACUAAAGUUAGCAUAAUCUACAAUUUUAUAACAUGACAGGAGGCUUCGUAUUUGCUGUUUUAACGCUCCCCAAGAAGGGCUAAGGAAGCGUGCACAGCCGGACGAAAAUAGAAGUUGCGGAAAGUCUGUUCCCGGGACCAGUCUGCUGAGUGGAGAAUGUCCCGAAGUGAGGCUCCAGCGCUGAAAGCUCCCGAUGCCGCCGCUCCCCUGAUGGAGUGGGCUCCGAAGGAGGCCUCAAUCCCCGCAAGGGAGAGCAACCACCUAACCCAUCGGGCAAGGGUUAUGGUCGACACCAGAUUAUGUGGUCGGACAUAGGAGAUCAAUAGUUGGCUGGAGGAGGAUGAACGAAGAGAGGAGGUGAGUAGUAAAUAACGAGAGAGAAGUGAUACCACGCACAAUUUUGGAUGGUUAGGGAAAUAAGGGUAAAACACCGAAGAAGAGUUUGAUUUUGUCCGUCUGGACACGGAAAAGGUGACACCUUCGGGGGAAAAAUUGAUAGCGUCAUGGUCAAAUGCACGAACAUCCGACACUCGUCGGAAGGAUACUAAGCAGAGUAGCAGGGUGAAUUUUGCCGAGAGUUGACGGAGGGUUAGAUCUUCGUUGUUCGUCCAGGUUUCCAGGAAACGAAUCAUGACAUUAACAUCCCAUAGAUGGGAGUAUUUAGGUGUUGGGGGGCGAGCCAGUUUGAUGCCCCUCAAUAGUCUGCAAACUAGCGGGUCCUGGCCUGCUGGAACUCCGUGUAGAGGGAUAUGGGCUGCCGAGAUUGCUGACCGGGCCACAUUGAUGAAUCGGUAUGAACGGCCUAAGUCGAACAGAUGCGAGAGGAAAUUCAGUAUGAACUGUCUAGGGGCUGUAAGGGGAUCGGUAUUCCGUUCCAUGCACCAAUUGCACCAAGUACUCCAGGAAGAAAGGUAGCAUCUUCUGGUUCCAGGAGCCCAGGAAUCCCAGAGAAGUUCUUUAGAUCUCUGCGAUAAUUCUCCGAAAUUCCAGGAUCCCCUGAAAGAGUCCAAGCCACUAAUUGGAGAUGACCUUGCAUGAUCAUCGGAUGAGGGUUUCCUAGAGGGUCCUCUAACAGGUUGGGCCUUAGAGGUAGAAGGAGGGGAUGUUGGCAGGAGAGGUCCAGGAGAUCUGGGAACCAUGCUUGGCCCUGCCAGAGCGGGGUGAGUAGUACCAGUGUGACCUGUUGUCGGCGAAUCUGAAGAAGAGUUCUUGGGAUCAUUGCAAACGGAGGGAAGGCGUAGGCUCCCGUCGUCGGCCAUGUCUGAAGAAAGGCAUCUACUGCCGAACAUUCCGGGUCUGGUAGCCAGCUGAAGAAGCGUGGGACUUGAAAAUUCGUCCGGGAGGCGAAAAGGUCCAGAAUAAACGGGCCCCUGAGUUUGGAGACGUGGAGGAAGACUGACCUGUGUAAGCACCAGUCGCUGCCGUCUCUCUAAUGUUGGGAGAACCAAUCCGCGGUGGUGUUCCUCUCCCCCGGGAGGUAUUCUGCCCUGAGUGUUAUGUUGCGCUGGAAGCAAAAAUUGUAGAUGUCCUUUGUCACCUCGGACAGGGUGUGAGAUCUGGCCCCGCCCAAUUUGUUGAUGUAUUGAACGGCCGAGAUAUUGUCCAUUCGGAGGAGAAUACAACAGUCUGAGAGAUGAUUGGCCAGACUGCGGAUUGCAAACGAUCCUGCGAUUAAUUCCAGACAGUUGAUGUGGAGAGAGUGUUCUGCAUCGGUCCAUGGUCCCCCGGUGGAAGUUGUAUGACAAGUUGCGCCCCAGCCUUGGAGGCUCGCGUCUGAUUCCACCACAAAGUCCGGAGUGGGACCAAAAAUUGCUUUGCCGUUCCAGGCAGACAUGUGGCGAAGCCACCAGUAGAGUUCCUCCCUCACCUCGGUAGUGAUUGGGAUCCUUUGGUCGUAUGAUGGAUGGGUCUGGAGGAAUUGAGCCUUCAAGCGUUGCAUGGCCCGAUAAUGGAGGGGACCUGGGUAGAUUGCUUGAAUGGAGGCAGAAAGCAGGCCUAUAAUUCGAGCUAAACCUCGGAGAGGUAGAUCCACUUGACGAAGCGUCUUCCUUCCUGAUCGCAGUUAACUUGGACUGAGGCAGGCGGAGAACACAGGUGGAGGAGUCGAUCUCGAAACCGAGAAACUGUAUGAUUUGGGAUGGAGUCAGCGAGGAUUUUUCCUUGUUGAUGACGAAUCCCAAGGAUUCUAUCAAUGAGGAUGUGUAGUCGGUCUGUGAUUGCAGCCUGGAGGUGUCGUCGCAGAGUAGUAAGAGGUCGUCGAGGUAGAUUAUGCAGCGAAAACCCCUUGCUCGAAGAUGUGCGGUGACUGGCUUGAGCAGUUUGGUGAAGCACCAGGGAGCGGAACUCAGGCCGAAUGGAAGGCAGGUGAAUUGGAAGAUCCGGUGGUGCCAAGGGAAGCGGAGGAAACGUCGACUGGAUGGAUGUACUGGCACGGAGAGGUAAGCAUCCUUGAGGUCGAGUCGGGUGAACCAAUCGCCUGGUCGGAGAAUGUCUCUGAGGAGAUGUAUCCCUUCCAUUUUGAAAUGCCUGUAUAUCACGAAGGUAUUCAAUUGGCGAAGGUUGAUUACCGGGCGGAAUUCUCCCGAUUUCUUUUUGACCAGGAAUAUGGAACUUAGAAAGCCUUCGUCGUGUGGAGCAGGUUGAAUCGCUCCUUUUGCUAGCAAGGAACGUAGUUCUGAAUCGAGGAGGAGCCAUUGAGAUUUUGACAUUAUCGGGUAAUGAGGGGGACCUGUUUGAGUAGGGAGAGAAUAAAACUCUAUGAAAUAACCCUGCACCGUGUUUAGAACCCAUGUAUCUGAAGACAGCGUCUUCCACAUAUCCACACAAUGUAACAACCUGCCCGCAUGAGGAACCGUAGAGAGGUGAAAAGUAGGAAAUCUCACCUGUUGGGUAUCUGUAGCGUCCACGGGCUCUAGCUCCUCGUCCCCUAUCUGAUCUUUGGGUGUAGAAGCCUCUAGAUUGAUAGUUGGGGAAGAAUGGUGAAGUGGGGGUUCGUUGGCGUUGGCUUGUAGGCCAGAAGCGGCUGACUGUACGACCCCUUGGACGGCCAGCCCUACCAAAAACCCGAGAGGGUUGUUGGUGGAAUACUCUUCUCAUUGAUGAUUGCGCCUUGUUCAGGGUGGCGUAUAGAUUUACAUGCUUGUGUAAUUCUUUAAUAUAGGGUUCUCCAAAUAAUAGACCCUUGGCCUUGGGGCCCAACUCUUUGGUCCCCAGGUCGGCUAGUUUGGCAUCCAUACGCAGCAGCACUGCUUUUCUACUCUCGGUAGAGAGGGAUGUAUUUGCAUUGCCCAGCAGGCAAAUGGAGCGUAGUGCCCAUUCUCUGAUCACAGAUGGGUCUAAAGGGCCCUCGUUAGAGAGGGCUUCAUCAGCCAGUAGUAGAAUUCUUGCCAAGGGCCCUAGGACAUCCAACAUCUUGUCCUGGGUGAGGCGUAGACUGCGUUCAAUGCCCUUUUUAGGGUCGCGGCCAGAUCUGGCAAAAUAUGUGUAGAGCAGUGAAUCAAACUCCGGGGUCAUAGCGACCUUGUCCGGCAAGGUGGGCCUAGGGCAUUCAGCUCUUAGGCGUUUGCGGACCUCCCGGUCUAGGGGUCUCCUUAUCCAGAAAUGGAUAUAUUGUGAAAGGUGAUUUGGGAGUGACCAUUCUGAAGAUCGAGGGUAUCUGAUCUGUCGUGGGUCAAAUAGAGGUUCACCAAGCGUAUCCAGAAAGGUUUCGGGUACUGAAUCCUCCGUAGUGGGGUCUCCCGUGAUAUCUUGAGGGAAAGGUGUUUCUCUGAAAGAUGCCUCAGGCCAGUCUUCUUCGUCUUCUGAAGAGUGGCCAGCUUGCCAUUCAUCUAGAAUGGCCAAUGGGUGUGAGUCGAAAGAGUCGUCUUCCUCCUCUGACAAGGUAGGCUGUAUGGGAUGUUUUUCCUUGGCGUCCGCUUGUUUUGGGUGUUUUGCCGGUUCUUUCCCUUUGCGUUUGAGUGAUUCUGGCCCAUCCCCUUUCCAAUAUCGUUUAUUGAGUUUGGAAGGGUUCCUUCUUGUAGAAUCGGAAUCAUCCGCCUCUUCAUCAGAGUGCGGGGGCUCAUAAAUUUUGGUAUCUUUGGGCUCAAUGGGCAGCACCCAAGCCAGGGUCUUUUCUAGUGAAGCGGCGACAGCCGCGUUUAUAAUCGCUUGCAGAUUUUGGUCUUGGUUUGAAGCCUCCAUAGCAACAGUGUUGGUACCUAUGGGGCAGAAUAGGCCAGCAUUAGAAUGUAUUUAGGGCCGUCUUGUAUAUCAAAAGAUAUUUAAUUUCAAUAGUGCAAGCUGUAAAUGAGGGUCACCCAGAAACAAUAACCUCAAAGAGUGCUUAUUUAAACUCGUGUAGAGGUAUGGUGGCACAGACAAAGCGGGCCAGUCAUGGGCUGUAUGGUAUAACAGCAAUCAUAAAAUAUAUAGGGAUUCACCCUUAGAAAAAAAUCACAAUAUGAAUGUGAUAAAUAUUUAGUUGUCUGGUAUUGGGGGUUGCUCCCAACAUAAAGGUAAUGAGUAGUUUAAUAUACAUUCAUUAUAAUAUUGGUAAUGUAAUACCUUUAAUUCACCACCAGGGGGAGUAGUGUAAGCGAAAAAUCUCCUGAACUGAAUUACAGAGUGAAGUAUCUCUGUGAGAAACAAAUUCUGCUCUGAGGGAGAUAUGUCCUGAGAGACAUAAGUUAGUUGAACUUAUAUAUGAGUAUCUUGGAAGAUUUUUGUACUGCCGAUUAAUAAUUAAAAUGGCCGCCGUGCGGCUAGAAUGGUCGCCGAUCGCGGCUCCAACAAAAUGGCCGCCGCGAUCUCGCGCAUGCGCACAAGGUGCAAACGGCCGUUCGGAUCUCGCGGCGAUGCGCGAGAUCCAAGAUGGCCGCCGUGCGCACUCAGGGCCGAUGGAGGCGUACUCCACAGCCCAAAAGCCCGGGAAAAACGGGGCAAAAUAUGCCGACCGCAACCCGGACCAAUAGAGGUAAAAAAAAACAAUUAAAUGUAUAGAAAAGUGAAACAGAACGUAAGGGACAGUGCAAAAAGGAAUAGAAGAGCAAAUUAGGCAGUAAUAGAGAAAAAGUUAAGAGAAAAUUUUUUUUUUUUUUAGAAAGAUAGCUAAGGUGGAACAAACACCUUAGAAAUAGGAAAAUAAGUAUAGUUAAAGUAUGGGAAAAAACAAAGAUUAAAUAAACAAGUUAGAAUAAACAGGAGAGUAAAUAACCCACAGAAAGUAAGAGGCAGUGGCACUCUGACCUGUACUGGUGUGAAGCAGCAAAGAAAGAGGAAGUGACAUCACAGGGAGGGACUCUUAUACCUUGUUAUCUCUUUUUUCUGAUUGGUUACCCUGUUACUAAGUAAAAAAGUGCUGCUGUGAAGCUUAAGUAAAGAAAGACUUAAGCAAAUACGAAGCCUCCUGUCAUGUUAUAAAAUUGGAUAAAUACUUGCAGAAACAUAAUAUUCAAGAUAUAAUUUCUAAUUAGUGGGGUAAUAGCUUCUUGAUCCAAGGAGAUAUCUGACUGCCAUUCUGGAGUCAAGAAGGAAUUUUUCCUAGUUUGUUGCAAAAUUGAAAGUGCUUCAAACUGGGGUUUUUGCCUUCAUUUGGAUCAACAGCAAAAAUCGAAUGUGUGAACUUGAUGUCACUUUUCAGCUAUGUAACGUUAACUAUGUAACAUAUAUCAAUACUAGAUGAUGUUGCCAGAGGUAUAACUCCAAUCUGUCUUAAUCCAGGUCUUUAGUAUGCCUUUAUGCAGCCCAGAACAAGAGUUCCAGUUCUCUGCAUAUUUCUGUACACAGAGGGUCAUUUAUUGGCUGACAGCGAUCAGCUGAUGCUCUCAUCCAAUGAAUGACUAGCAGGAUCUGUAUCCAGUUUCUGCAGCUCUGGAAGAAGUUAUUAGAAGAGUUGCUACACAGUUUUUAACCAUUAUCAGGAAAUUGCACCAGGCUGCAGUGGUUAUGGUGUUUAGAGUAAAAUUUUUAUCAUUGUUAUAAGUAAUGUUCUUUACAUCAUGUAGUUAGCACAAAAAAAGCAUAAAAACAGUAGGAGAAACAAAAACAAUGUUUCUUUUUAGUCUUAAUUUAAUUUUCUUCUCCUGUAACUGUGCCUGGACUGAACUAAAUUGUGAAUUUAUUUAAUAACAUUUUAAAGAAUAUAUCUAUAAAAUUGGGGAUUUGCUUAUGUUUCAUUAGGACUGCUGUGUUUUGACACUUCUUUUUUUGUUUAGUUAGGACUGUGUAUCAGCAGAGCGUCCGCUUCAGUCCUGAACCUCAAUAGCAGUUUGAUCCUUCUACCAAUGUGCCGAAUACUGCUUGCUAUGCUCCGUGGAUCGAAAAAGGUAUAUAAAACAAACAAACAUUUUAUUUAAUGCUUCUCUUUUGUAUUAAUACCUAGUUAUAAAUUAUACCUAAUAUCCUAUAAUUUUACAAUAGUAGAAUCGGUUUUAGGUAAUGUAUAGACAGGGUAAAAACAUUUAGCAAACAUGGGAUCCGAGCUAAGUUAGUUAAUCAAGCAACUCAUUCUCCAAAGGGAUUUGUGCCCUAUGUAAAGACGGAGAAGAUUUUUGGCCAUGUAAUAGGCACAGGUCCGUGUUAGGCAAAGACCCUUUUUGUAUUAGGAAAGAUCAGUAUCACAUAGCUUAGCUCGGAGUGAUCUUUUUCCACCCAAAGGCAAGAGUGUGUUUGAGGGAUUUAAAUAACAAAGAGGGUGGUAAUGACGUUCCUUUAAAUGAUGUGAAAAUCUGGGAUGCAUGGUAAUUUUCCCUACAGUUAUACAAGCUGGCCGGGUUGUACGGGGCACAGCCAGUUUAG